GAAUAUUUUUGUGUAAGAGAAUGGAUGUUUCGAGCCGAUAACGUGGAGAAAUUAUUUAAAUCCAUGUCGACACAAGAUAAGCAGAAUUUCAAUUUCGAUAUUUCAAAGCUCAGUUGGGACAAGUACUUGGAAAAUUACGUUCUGGGCACGAGGAGAUACGUUCUGAAGGAAGACGACUCGACCAUCCCUCGAAGUAAAAAGACUUUAUUAAUGAAAUAUUAUUGUAUUUCAUUAGUCAAAACUGUCUUUGUAUUGGGACUAAUUUGCAGUGUCAGCUUCUUUGUACUUUCAUUCUAAUUUCCAAAAUGAUAAUGAUUAUAAAUUCUGAAAUUUCUGUUUAUGGCCUGUUACACCAUAUUUUAAAUUAUUAGUUUAUAUUACUUAUUGGUUUGUCGUAUUUAAUGGUCACAAUGUAAACCGUAAAAAUGUAACAUGCUAUGCUAAUACUCUGGUGUUUUCGAAUUUAUAUUGUACUAAACAGGUCAGAAUAAACUAUGGAAAUGGCUGGUACAGUUUACUAAAUGUGAAUUAUGAAAAUUUCUUAUAAU